UGAACUGUGUAAGUUUUACUAUUGGAAUGCCAAAAUGUAGCCUGCUUCCAAAGAGGCGGCAUGUAACGAAAUGAAUCCGCUUUCAACGAAUCGAGGUGACAUGUAAGUACCUGACACACAACGGAUCAGUUGCGUUCUCAGAGUGGCGGCAUGAGGUCUACGAUUUUGGUACUUCUUUGGCUCGGAGCCAUCAGUUCGGCUGUUGGAAAUCAAACCCAUCUGGCGGAGUCCUCCUUGGAGCAUCGUAUUCUAUCGCGGCGUGUGCGCGCUUUGGUAUUUCCGGACAAGGCUGCUCUCCUCCUGACCGCCGCCCUAACAAAACUCAUUCUGGGCGGACGACCUAGUGGACUUCAGUACAGCCUGGAGUUUGAUAUGUAUGUUCCGGUUCCCGAUACCAUUGAGGGUUGGCAGCCCAAGAUUCUAAAGAAGCCGAAGCCAAUGCCAAUGCCAAAACGCCGAUUUGAUUGGUCCUAUAGCAAAGGUCCUGUAAGCUAUUAUCCAAACUAUUAUCCAAACUAUUACGAAAGCCCCGCCAUUAAUAAAGUACCAUUCUACCAAACCAAAUCGAGCCCUGCCUUUACUAAGGAUUCAUUUUACCAAACUCAUUGGCAAUCAUCCUCGCCCACCAAUCGCAGGCAAGAUGUCUUCAAAUCGAGACCCACAUUAAACAGGGCCUCAUUCUAUCAAACCCCAUUGAGUUUGUCUGCAAAUCAGCUGAACCCAAAUCAACCGAAGGAAGAAGUUUACGAGUCCUGGGAUCAAGUGCCUAGUUGGAAGUUGCAUCGUGGAUACAGAGAGCGCAGAGAGAUUUUCGAUCAGUUUGAAGCCAUGGAAAAAGUUUUUCAGUUGGAUUUGAGGUCCUGUAUCAAGAGAGCCAUGUGUGAGCUGAGGGCCAAAUUGAAUGCUGGUCAGGAUCAGGGUUUUCUCAUGGAGGAUCUAAUGCGAAUCGUUCUGACAGUUCCCGAAGAGGUGACCGAUGACAAGUACAGGCAUCGCAUGGAUAUCCAGGACUGUGCCCGAUUCUACGCCCCCAGUUGUCCGUACAAUGUUCUAGACUUCCUUACCCAAAGUAGUGCAAAAUUGUAAACGUAGUGAG